AUGAACUUAGAGUUGAUGAAAAUGGAGUCGUGCCGAGAGGCGAACGGCGCGCCCCUCUUGCCGCUUUCUGUGUCCUUUCCUUUUGCCCGUCAGGAGUUGUAUGAAAAGGGCAGUUGCAUUUUUGGCAAUUGGGGCAGAUGUUUGAAAGCGCAGCCCAAUGACUCACCGGUGCCGCGCAUGGAAAUACAGAUGGGGAAUCGAUGGCAAGGGAGAAGCAGCGAAUCACGUGUGCAUCGUGCACUCUCGUGGUCUCACCGUGAGGAAAGUGAGAAACCAUGCGGUAUCAAGGCUCAUCGUUGCAGGAGCAGAUCAGCAUUGCCGAUGGCGGUUGACGCAAUAGGUGGCUCCUUUCCUGUUUUGGGGACUACGGAUAAUGGUGGUGAUAUUCCUUCAGCUUCUGGGGAAAAUAGCGUUGAAAACGGAAAAAAAGAAGUUCCUUUAGGAAGAUGCGCAGCAUUGCUUCAUGCCAGAGAGGAUCGUGCUCCAGUGCUGGAGUCCGCCUGCUGCAGUAACGUCCCCAACGACUGUCGCCUGGAAGAGAAAUGUGAGGAAAAUUUCUCCCUUGCCUCCAGUACGCGAUCCACUGCCCACCAUGAGGCUAGCCCACACUCCACGGCCUUCAUGCCUACAUCCGAACAUGUCCAUGGGCUUGCCCAGUUAAUGGAUGGAUUGCAGCAUGCCAUCCUUCAGCUCAGUGGUGAAAUGCGAGAACUGCGGCUUGCAUUUCAGCAGAUGAGAGGGUCUUUUAUGAGUGGCCGGCAGAAAACACUCUCUCGGCCGCCACUCGUCGGGCCGAUGGCGGUGACGACACCAGAUCAGCCUCAGGAAGAACCUGCCCCAUCGUCAUCCAGCUCUUCUCUCACGUUCCCUCGCAGAACUGAAGAUCUGUCUUUCUAUUCCGCUUCCCCACCUCUUCAUCCAGAGGGUUCUACGGCUUUCUUGGAUGCAGGUAUCGUCAAUGCAGUUUCGGAUGGCCUAAAGGAGCUCGAGGCUCUUCCGACAUUUUUGCCAUUUGAGCACCGCGUCGUUAUUUAA